UCAAUCUUGAAAUAUUUCCUACACAUUAUAGCUUUAGUGUUUUUCUGACUUUUCUUCUGGUUACUCGCGAAGUUUCGUGAUUUAAAAGCGAUAUUUCAAGCUCCAAACGAACCGAUUUCACACUUGGAUAACGCGAAUCAUGGCAGUCGUCGAGCAAGGCCUUAGAUCCAGAUAUUAAGACCGGCAUUUGUGAUAAACGAGCAUGAGUUUCCACUGUUGCGUUCCCUUGUGUACGAGCGAUGGUCGWUAUAACGACAAGACUUUAUCCUUUCACCGCUUCCCUCCUGAGAAAAAUAAGGACUUAAGACUUGCCUGGAUAUCAAAGAUUCGUCGAGAUGUUGGUCCUCAUUUUAAGAUAUCUGGGAAUACAAGGGUAUGUUCUAAACACUUUGUUGAGACUGACUUUAAGCCACUUGAUAACAGUAAUCGAAGACUCCUUAAACAGGGAGUCAUCCCUACUGUUUUCAAUUGGUCUAGUCAACCAAAGCAAAGGAGAAAGAUUAUACGUCAGGUGGACAGUGAGACCCAAACAGAUGAAAGUGAAGAAGAAGAUGAUCAGGCAUUUGACUUGAUGGUAGAACUACCAGAUCCCAACAUACAAGCCAUAAUGGAACUGGAAGUGUACAAAGCUGAAAAAGCUGCAGCUGAGGCAAAAGUUCAGGCAGCUGAAGCUGCUUUAGCAUUAGUAGAUUCUGCUCAAGCUAAAGCAGAUGCUGCAGACAUUGAAAUUGCCAAAUUGACUGCAAAGUUAGCUAUUUCAAAGUUUGGUAUUGAGAGAUUUUCUUCAGACGAUAAGAAUAUUAGGUUUCAUACAGGUUUUCCUACUUAUAAACACUUGUACAGGUUCUAUGAAAUUGCAGAGCCCUGUGCGCAACGUAUGACAUAUGUUUAUUCAGCUGGCAUGAAUACACAAGAUAGUCGGCCUUUGGCUAGAGUUAUGCCUUUAAUUGACGAAUUAUUUCUAUUUUUAGUUAAAGUAAGGCUUGGUUUACUAGCAGAAGAUUUAGCCAAUAGAUUUCAGAUUCACAUAUCGUCAGUAAGUAGGAAAAUUACCACCUGGGCGAACUAUCUUUACUUUUUUCUAGGAUCUCAGUGUAUAUGGCCAACCAGACAACAGGUCAAUGAUUGUAUGCCACAGGGUUUUAAGAACCUCUACCCUAAAACCAGAGUGGUAAUAGACUGCACAGAAAUUUUUGUCCAGGUACCAUCCUCCCUUUUAUUGCAGUCCCAAUUGUAUUCUUCAUACAAAAGUCACACCACCCUUAAAGGUUUACUUGGUAUUGCACCUCAUGGUGCAGUUACAUUUGUUUCUAGUUUAUAUACAGGUUCAAUUUCUGACAAAGAGCUAACACGGUGUUGUGGGAUCCUAGACCUUCUAGAACCUGAAGAUUCUGUUUUAGCAGACAAGGGUUUUGAUAUAGGAGCUCUUCUUCAAACAAAGGGUGCUACAUUGAACUUGCCACCAUUUCUUGAGGGGAGGGAUCAGUUCACAGAGGAACAAGUUCAUGAAACAAAAACCGUGGCUAAGUUACGUAUUCACGUUGAACGUGCCAUAAGACGUAUAAAGGAAUUUCAUAUUUUUGACUCGGACAUCCCUUUAAACCUUUUGGRUUCAAUCAACCAAAUUUAUACUGUUAUUUGCUUAAUAACUAAUUUCCAAGGACCCCUUAUAAUGGCAGCUGCAACAUGAAAACUUGUUUUAAAGGAGUUUAUUAUAACAAUA